GGGGAAACUACGUCAUUGUUCACCGCCGGACGCUCGGUGGCUGAAAGGAUGGAUAAUUUCGUGUAAUAUAUUACAUUAUUAAAGGCUACAGAAAUGAACAAUGACCAUAGUUGACAAACCAUUAGAGAAAUCUGACCUCGAGUCAGUGCGGGGGAAUCGCUCCGGCUCGCUGGCCUCCUUCUCCUCUGGGGACAUGGACGGCAGCUGCUCCAGCUGGGGAGGGGGCUCAUCCACGUCCGACCCCCCCAGGGCCAAGACCCCCUGCAUGGGUCCCACCCCUGGCGCCACCCUGUACAGCACCGCCGCCACCACCACCACCAGCGCCUCCACCACCCCCCUCGCCACGGAGCGGCCCAAGGAGCAGGUGACGGCCACCAGCGGCGACGGCAUCGCCCUCCCGCAGAAGGUGCUGUUCCCGGCCGAGCGUCUGAGCCUCAAGUGGAACCAGAUGCACCGCAUCGGAGCUGGCCUCCAGAACCUGGGCAACACCUGCUUCCUCAACUCGGCCCUGCAGUGUCUCACCUACACCACUCCCCUGGCCAACUACAUGCUGUCCCGCGAGCAUUCCAAGACAUGUCAUGAACCUGGGUUUUGCAUGAUGUGCACAAUGCAGAACCACAUCACCCAGGUGUUUGCCAACACGGGCAACGUCAUCAAACCCAUUGGUGUUCUCAAUGACCUGAAACGGAUUGCCAAGCAUUUUCGCUUUGGGAGUCAGGAGGAUGCACAUGAGUUCUUGCGGUACACUGUGGAUGCUAUGCAAAAGUCCUGCUUGCCUGGAAACAAAUUGGACCGGCAAACGCAGGCGACCACUCUCAUCCAUCAGAUCUUUGGAGGGUAUUUGAGGUCUAGAGUAAAAUGCCUCAACUGCAAAGCAGUGUCUGACACAUUUGACCCAUACCUGGAUGUUGCUUUGGACAUUAAGACUGCACCGACCAUUACUAAGGCUCUGGAGCAGUUUGUCAAGCCAGAGCAACUUGAUGGAGAGAAUGCCUACAAGUGCACCAAAUGUAAGAAAAUGGUCCCAGCCUCCAAGAGAUUCACCCUCCAUCGCAGCUCUAAUGUGCUGACCAUUUCACUCAAGCGGUUUGCCAACUACAACGGCGGCAAGAUCGCCAAGGAUGUGAGGUAUGCGGAGUACCUGGAUCUGCGGCCCUACAUGUCCCAGCCCCACGGGGACCCGCUGAUCUACAGCCUGUACGCCGUGCUCGUCCACUCUGGCUUCAGCUGCCACGCCGGUCACUACUACUGCUACGUAAAGGGCAGCAACGGGCAGUGGUACCAGAUGAACGACUCGUCGGUGUCGGUCAGCGAUAUCCGUUCGGUUCUCAACCAGCAGGCCUACGUCCUCUUCUACAUCAGGUGUCAUGAUGUCAAGAACGGAGGGGAGGUGUCCCCAGUGAUCCGCACCCCUCCCAGGCCCGUUCUGAACGUCCGGGGCCUGCCGGUUAACCGGCCUGCUGUGCCAGCAUCCAAUGGGCCGCCACGCCUGCUCAAGGUCAACGGGCGGGCGUACCACAGUGGCUUCAGGUACGGCAGUAGUGCUGGUGGCAGCAGCAGCAGCAGCAGCAGCACUUUGACCAAAACUGGCUCCGGCCUGCCCUCCGCCUCCUCAUCGUCCUCGUCUGCCUCCUCGUCCUCGUCCUCGUCCUCUUCCUCCUCCUCCUCCACCUCCCACGCACCCAGGCCCACGGAGAUCGCCGACCCGGACAAGAGGCAGAAAUUGUCCUUCCUCAUCGGCCAGGGCAAGAGCGUCCGGCCGGGCCUGUCCCAGCCGGGCUCCUUGUCCACCUCCGGCUUGUCCCACACUCAGCCAUCGUCCAGCGCUGCUGCCUCCUCUUCAUCCUCCUCCUCCUCCUCCUCCUUCUCCACCUUGCACUCUACCUCAGACCCCUCCACCUCCUCCUCCUCUGGCUCCAAGCUAAACGGCGCCCCCUACAGCAGCAGCAGCAGCAGCAGCAGUAGUAGCAGCAGCAGCAGUAACGCCGCCGCUGCCUCUGCCUCUGCCCUGCUCGUACCCUACGGCGAGGAGUCGUCCGAGGAGUCGGACCAGGAGAGCAAUAGCGGCUUCCGACAGAACGGUCAGAACGGCGAGGAGCACGGCGCCGCCAAGCCCACCAACGGGAAGAGGAACGGACAUAGCAUGUCGCCGCCGGCUAAACGGCACACCAGCGAUGCCGUGGCUAGCCAGGCCAAGACCAACGGCUCUUCCAAUGGCUACACCAAUGGCCACGACGACCUCCAGCCCAGCCAGAACGGUCACAACAGUCACAACGGCCACAAUGGCCACAAUGGCCACCACAAGGUCAACGGUGUGAAGGUUAAUGGGAAUGGUCACGUGACCUCUCCCAACUCCUUCCAUGGUCGGGAAGCUGAGUUCAGGGCCAAUCCAGGCCUCAGCAAGCCAAGCUGCAGCAAAACCCCUGAUGCCUGUGCUGGCAUGAGUGUGCCUUCCGUUGGCAAGAACGGCCAUCAGUCCCCACCUCACACCUCUGGGAGUCUGUGGGACUCGGGCGAGUCGGCUAGCGCCUCCGCCCAGCUGGACGGCCCCUCGGUCCUUUCGCCGGCCCGAGAGGCGCCAGCCGAGACCCGGGCCAAGCUGCCCGAGGUUUGCGUGGACAGCCUCCCGACCUCCGCGGAGCCGACGCCGCAGGCCUUCGAGGCCAAGCACGCGGCCCAUAACGGCUCGGGAGAUUGCCCCUCGGUUUCUCAGGCGAGGGGUCCCCCCAGCGAGCCAGUGCACGUCAACGGGCUCAACGGGCGCCCGGAGGCCGGUGACGCCGGGACCGCUAAGCACGCCGGCCGGGACGACCGGGACGACCGGGAGCGGGACUGGAGCCGAAAUGCGCGCCCAUCCGGCGGCUACUCCUCUAAGGACCGCGAGCGGGAUAGGAGCCGCGACCCGCACCGUCACCGCUACUAUGACCAUAACGGUGGCGGCGACCGGGGAAGGGACCGCUACGCCGACGGCUACGGCCACCGCGGCGACAGGGAGUUCCGCCCGCCCCGCCCGCGCUCCGGCAGCCGAGAGCGCUACCACCGCGACUCGGACCGCCACCGGGACCGCCACCGGCACUACCACCACCGCGACCACGACCGGGACCGGGACUACUCCCGCCACCGGUCCAGAAGUGAGCGCGGUGAGCGCGACCGCCGGCCCGUCGUCGGGGAGUACAACCACCACCGAGGGUCCGGGCACCGGGAGGACGGCCCCAGCCGCUGGGCGGGCGAGGAGGGGCGCUCGCGAGCGCGCCACAGCGAGGACGAGGAGACGUCCAGCAGGGCCAAACCGUCUGCCUACAGCUCCUCCUCGGCCUCCAGCGGCCACGCGGAGCAGAAGCGCAGCCCGGAGGACGACCACUCAGAGGAGCGGCAGGUCAAGAAACACAAGAAGUCCAAGAAGAAGAAGAAGAGCAAAGACAAGGACAAGCAUAGGGGUUCAGAUCUGGACUCCCCUGAGCGGGCCAGCGACGGCGCCUCGGUGAAACACAAGAAGAAGAAGAAGAAGAAAAAGAAGAGGAGGCACGAGGAGGACGAGCGGACCGGCCGCAGCUCCAGCGCCGAGGAGCACUCCAGCCGCAAGCGCCGCAGCCGCAGCUACGACCGCGACCCCUCGCCACGGGACGCCAAGCGCGCCCGCCUCGACAACCACUCUGCCUACGCGCCCAGCGCCACACACCGGCAGCUGAAUGGCCACAUAGGUAACGGUUACUCCACCGGCUCUUCCCAGGAGGGCGACAGCACCCAGGGAGCCUCCAGGGAGGCUAAAUACACGAUGGCAUCUGGUCGUCUGUCGAGUCCUGUGCGUGCUGGAACAAGCGAGGACAAGAGAAGGGGCUCCGAGAUGACCACAUCCAAUGUAAAUGGGCAUGUGGUUUAGAAGACUCCUCUAUCGUCUCUUGAUGCCCAGAUAUGGAAAACUGUCAAAAAAUAAGCUUUUGAAAAAUCGAAAGACAUCUACAGCAAAAGAAUGAGAUUCUUCUAGUUGAACCUGGUGCUUUAAAUCAUUGAUGAUACUGUAUUUUUAACCACACAAAAAGUGCUUUUGUGUGGCUUUUAAAAACUUUUUUAAUGGACCGGAUGGGAAUAUUUUUUUUUUCUUUUUUCUUUUUAUUUAAGUUCACUCUUCAGCUGUGAACUCUAUAACUCAAUGGAAGUUUAGAAGUUAGAGUUAAUAUAUACAUUCAAAAACAAACAAACAAACAAAAAAGAAAACGACAAAAAAAAGGACAAAAGCCUGGAGCUUGAACAUCUUACUUGCUGCUCAGUCACAGACUCAGGACACAACUCUCUCAAGGCGAGUAGCUAAUUCCCUCUGAGGAUCUAUCUCUCGCCCACAACCCCCUCCCCCCUCCCCCCCCUCCCCCUCUCUUUUGGGAUUUGGGAAUGAACCAGACCACCACGUCACCCAGGAGAAGAGGAACUUUGUUAAAAAGUGUCUCCUGGCUUUUGAUGUCACUGUACUCACAUAUCUGUACUGGAGCAUCCGGUGGGAGUGGACUCGACCUAAUGCUACACGGGCACUUAACCACGUCUUUCACCUGGACACACUUGAGGAAGUUUGCAGUGCCACCGCUCUGCUCGGCACGACACCCAUAACUGUCCUCCAUUAACCGGGAACUUUCUUUCUUUCUCUCUUUCUUUCUUUCUUUUCUUUAUUAUUAAUAAAGAAUAUCAUGUAUCUUCAAUGGCAAUGUAAUUUUAAGUUGUUUUUAAAGACAAGUUCAGUUCAUUCUGUUGUUAUGGAAAAAGAAUACUGUGAACUUUAUUUUUUUUUUAACUGUACUAUCAGUUAUUUGUAUACAUACAGUCCUGUAUCAGGAACAAGACACUUUCCUUUUUUUUCCUUUUUCUUUUUCUUUUUUUUUUUUUUUUCAUUUUGUAGUGAAGCUCCAUGGCAUAAUUUUAGACCAUGUUUGAUGGACAUCAGGUUUUGUUUUGUUGUGUGUAUGUGUCAAUUCAAAAAGUGGAAUGGAUAUGUCAAAGCCCAUGUUUUACUGUAGCAUGUUAAAUUAAGUUUAUACAUUGUACAGUUCUAUAGAGGGAGGGGGAAAGCCUUAAAUGCAUUUGUUAAUGUUGGAAAUGGUAAGUUUCUUUUUUCUCUCACUGUUUACAUGAUUUUCUUUUUGUUUUGGAGUGAAUGCUGAUGAUGGUUGGACAUGUUUGAUGUGCGAGGGGAGAAUGUUUGGCUUUGUACAGAAUGUGGGCUCCCUUCUCCCCUUUUUUGUUUAAAAAAACAAACAAACAAACAAAAAUAUUUCGAUAAA